AAAGCGAGUUUUGACUCAAUUGAAUCACAAAGAUUCGAUGGUGGUGGUAUAGUGGAACUGAGCUUUAAUGCCCUAAUCACUGUCAUCCCGCACUGCGACUCUUCCCAAGCAAGGGUCUCCAUUUCAUUCCGAGAAACUUCCAGGCUUUUUUCGGGAGUGGUUUCGGUUCUUCUCACUGUUUCCACCAGAAGAGGAUAUGAAGAAAUUCCCCGCUUUUCUGUUUGUGGAAUUGUUUACAGUAUAUCAGGCUCUGGGACUCAGUUAUGAAGAAAAACAGUUGAAUCUCUUAUAUAACUUUGAGAUUUUCUUAUGGAGGGCUUCAGGAAAUGCCUCUGGAAAUGCUGACUCUGCAUAAAAAAGAUGAUCUAGGACCGGGAUCUUUAUCAUUCUGAAGCUGCCAUUUAAAGACUACCUGUUUGAAUAGCCUUGAAACAAUGCAAUUCAAUGUGUACUAGAAGAAAUCUAUAAUCAAAACCAUCGGAUGGCUCAGGGGCCAUUUAUCCCAACAGCAACAAUGAUGUGGUGCAUGAGGAGACAUAUUACCCUCCAGAGCUGGACUACAAGUAUCCCCAUUGGUGUCAAACAUUUAAACUACACAAUGGGCACAUGAAAUGUUCGUCCCCACGUGGUGGGAACCAUCGGAACACAUUUGGCACACGGUGUUCACUGUCUUGUGAACAAGGAUACAAGCUCCUGGGGCAAUCAUCUAUACACUGCAUGAGUGGCCGCCGCUGGUCAGGAACUGCUUACUGCCGGACCGUACGUUGCCGUGUCCUUCCAUACAUCCAGCAUGGUACAUACAGCUGCAGUAGGAGCUUUUUGGUUCACUCCAAAUGUGACUACUCGUGCUUUCAAGGCUACCAGAUUGAAGGGGAUCGUUAUCGUAUUUGCCAGGCAGGGGGAAGUUGGAGUGGUGCAGAGCCAACAUGUGCAGAUCAUGACCCCCCCCAACUGAAAUGUCCUUUAUCCAGAGUGAAGGUAGCAGAACCAGGAAAACUGACUGCCACGGUGUCCUGGGAGCGUCCCACUGCCACAGAUACGACCGGCACGUCACUGCAGAUUUUGAGAAAUGGACCAGACUCAGGUUCGGAAUUUACAGAAGGGCAGUAUGUAAUUCGCUACAAAGUCUAUGACCAGGCCAGGAACAUGGCCACCUGCAAGUUUACAGUGCAUGUUGAAGUCAGGAGAUGUCCUUUGCUAAAGGCCCCAUUGCAUGGAUACCUGAGCUGCUCAUCCGACAACAAUAAUUAUGGAGCUGUGUGCGAGUAUCACUGUGAUCCUGGUUAUGAGAGGAGUGGCACCACCACCCGAGUCUGCCUGUUCAACCGCAGUUGGUCAGAUCAAGCUGCAGAAUGCACGUUGAUGGAGAUUAAAACUGAUGUGAGGUCUGCUGGUGCUCUGCUCGACCAGUUCUAUGAAAAGAGGAGACUCCUCAUUGUGUCCACUCCAAGUGCAAGUGACCAAUACUACAAGCUUCAGAACACCAUGCUGCAGAGUGCUGGAUGUGGGCUGGAUCUUCGACAUGUGACGGUGAUUGAACUGAUAGGAAUUCCACCUCAAGAAGUGGGCCGAAUUAAAGAGCAAUUUCUAGAGCCAGAGGUCAUUGAGGGUCUCAGGCAGGCUCUACACAUCACCAGCUCCCACUUCAACAUGGUGUUGCUUGAUGAACUUGGUGUCGACCGUGAACGUUUCAUUAACCCCACCACAUCAGAUGAACUCUACACUUACAUUGAAGAGUAUCUUCUCACAGAGGAGGAACAAGAGAGGCUGCAGCUAAACAGAGACCUUUGUGAAUGAGACAGAAAUGAUCAACACUUCUAAGGGUCAUGAACAGCAAAGCUGUGCUUUGUGAGGAUUCUGCAUUCUAAAUGUAUAGUGUUUGUCACACACAUUGUAGAUGUCAACAUUAUCCUAUGUAUUAACCAGAUUCAGGUCCCUUUUAUUGGUUGUGUUUUUAGACCUAAAUGUAUUUCAUAAUCUUCAGUAUUUUGUACAUAUCACAGCUAACAGGAAGAGUGCAAAAUAUUAUAUACUAUUUAUUAAAUGAAUUGUAUAUAACUGUUUUAAAAAGCUGUGCAUUGUAGUCAGGACCUACAAUAACUGAGCUUUGUGCCAUUACAGGCAGGAAAUAAUUCUAGCCUUAAUAAUUCUAAUUUGAAAAAUAUUGCAUUUUUUUUAUGUUAAUACAUAAAA